CCAAAAUUAGGGCGACAGAGGCACUGCAGGUCGAGACUGAAGAACAUUUUCUUAUCUUAGCUGAUUGCUACAAUCUCCUGAAAGCAGAGGAAGAUCUUUCAAACUGUGAGCCCUCCACUGUUGUCUUACUCCUAAACACGGGUGGUAGGUUGAUUCUGGAGCUGCUAGUCUGCUGCAGAUUUUCUCAGCCAACAGUGUUUGACUGGUUCUUCUAGUUUAUGUCCUAGUAAACCAGUGUAAGGAUCUAUUUUAAACCGCUUAUACAAUGUCUGACUGUGAGUUGAUUCUGGCCAGCUGGGGAAAAGUGGAAAGCAACCUUGCUGCCUAUGGAGGAGAAGUUCUCACCCGUCUGUUUACAGAGCACCCUGACACCCAGAAACUCUUCCCCAAGUUUGUGGGGAUCCCAUCUGGUGAACUGGCUGGAAAUGCAGGUGUUGCAGACCAUGGCAAAACUGUUCUGACAAAACUGGGUGAGAUCCUCAAGGCAAAAGGCUCUAGUGAUGUCAUCAAGCCACUGGCUACAACCCAUGCCAACAAACACAAGAUUGCCCUCAACAACUUCAAGCUGAUUACUGAGGUCAUCAUUAAGGUGUUCGGGGAGAAGGGCGUGUGGGACACUGCUACCCAGGAAGCUUUCAGAAAGGUGAUGGAUGUUGUCGUCAGUGAGAUCGACUGCGUCUACAAGGAGCUUGGCUUUACUGGCUAGAUGACCUUUAUCCCAUCCUGUCCCUGACAUCGAGGCCAUGGAAAUGCAUGCACUCUAUUCCCACUGGCUUAAUAAACAAACAAGAAACUUGUAUGAUAUUUCUGCAAGUAAUGUAGAAAUGUAAGCACUUGUAAAUGUUAACAUGUGAUCUUCAUUAAAGCAGUGCUUCAUUGACUUGUA